AUGGGUGACGACAUUACUUAUCAGCUAUAUCAUAUUCCAUCUUUAUCUACUUCUACGAGUACAAGCUCUGAUAUACGUGAGUACAUUUUGUAUGAGUUGGAAGUAUUGCUAAAGUCUAGGCCUCAACCACAAUCUCUAUCUGACUUUGGACUACCUCUACCAAACGAGUCAAUACUUGCAGUUUUGACGAAUCGUCUUCUUCUAGAAGAGAAAACAUAUGACAGAGACGCACUGACUAUCGAACACACAACUCUUUACUCUGCACUUAAUUCAGAACAGUUGCACAUCUACAACCAUGUUUUGGCCAACCUUGAUAGAUCUUUACAGGUACUUCUAUUUAUAUAUGGGCACGGUGGCACGGGCAAAACAUUCCUUUGGAGAACAAUUAUUUAUGCUCUAAGAUCUAGAGGAAAAGUCGUGUUAGCCGUAGCGGCUUCUGGAAUUGCAGCGUUGCUGCUACCAGGAGGCAGAACAGCACACUCAAGAUUCAAAAUACCUCUAGAUCUAACCGAGCAAUCCACCUGCCAUAUAAAAAAAACACUCAACUUUCAAAGCUUCUGUUGGAAACUUAUCUGA